CAUAUCUUUGAUACCAAUUCUAUUAUUUUCCUAUCGUUUGUUAAGAAAAAGAGUUACAAUUCAUAGUCUUACAAUAUUUAUAGAUAAGAACAACAAUAUGAAGCAAUCUCACGUUUUGCUUCUCCUACUUGUUCAAAUCAUUUUCCUUUUGCCUCUCCUUUGUCUAUCCGACGAUUUUGUUAACUCUAGAGCUACUUAUUAUGGCAGCCCCGAUUGCAAAGCAAAUCCUCGAGGACAUUGUGGGUAUGGAGAAUUUGGAAGAGAUAUCAAUAACGGUGAAGUGAGUGGUGUUUCAUGGCGACUAUGGAACAAUGGAACUGGCUGUGGUGCUUGUUACCAGGUGAGGUGCAAAAUACCUCCUCACUGCAGUGAGGAUGGAGUAUACGUAGUGGCUACGGACUCCGGAGAAGGAGAUGGUACUGACUUCAUCUUAAGCCCUAAGGCAUACGGACGUAUGGCGCGACCCGGCACAGAGAAUCAGCUCUACUCCUUCGGUGUAGUCGACGUUGAGUACCAAAGGAUCCCUUGCCGAUACGCAGGUUAUAAUCUGGUGUAUAAGGUCCAUGAGAAAAGCUAUAAUCCUCAUUAUCUUGCCAUUCUUGUCUUGUACGUUGGUGGUGUCAAUGACAUCCUCGCCGUUGAAGUCUGGCAGGAGGAUUGCAAAGAGUGGAGACGUAUGAGAAGAGUGUUUGGAGCGGUUCACGAUUUGCAGAAUCCACCAAGAGGCACUCUCACCUUGAGGUUCUUAGUCUACGGAAGCGCCGGAAUCAAUUGGAUCCAAUCGCCAAACGCUAUUCCCGCGGAUUGGACCGCCGGAGCCACCUACGACUCCAACAUUCUACUUACCUAAUUGUUUCACUUUUCAUCAGUGUGUUUAUCAUAUACUAGUAUUUAUUAUGGUUUUUCUAUGUAAUGGCUAAUAUAUUUAAAUAAUGCCCUCUAGGACAAUAUAAUGAUGAUAAAUAAUCGUAGUAGAUUCAUAUAGUUUAUGUAUUGCGUCUCGUUAAGAAGAUUGUAAUGAUUUGUAUGAGUUCGAUUUUAAUGGAAUAAAGCAGUACUAAUAAAUUUAUCAGAUGAUC